CUGGGCCGGGCUGAUAGCCUAUCUCCCUGCUCAAAAGGGAGCAAGCAGCCAGAGUGCCUCCUCUUCCACCUCCUCCUCCUCCUCCUCUUCCUGCUCCCAGCCAGCAACGCCUGCAGCCAGCUCCUCCUGGAGAUGGGCAGCAUCGCCAGAGAGCCUGCCAUGGCCACAGAGCCCGACACUCAGCGGGAGCUGCAGGAGCCUGGGAGCACAGAGCCCCGGGCCCCCGUCAAGCGGGACCACCACCACCGGAUCUUUGUGAACCGGAGCCUGGCACUGGAGAAGAUCAAAUGCUUUGGCUUUGACAUGGACUACACCCUCGCAAUGUACAAGUCCCCGGACUAUGAAGAGCUGGCAUUUGAACUCUUGCUGGAACGCCUCGUGUCCAUUGGGUAUCCCCAUGAAAUCCUGGCGUACAAGUAUGACCCCACUUUCCCUACCAGGGGCCUGGUCUUUGAUGCCCUGUAUGGGAAUUUGCUGAAGGUGGACUCGCACGGGAACCUCCUGGUGUGCGCCCAUGGCUUCCGGUUCCUGAAGGGGUCUGACCUCUGGAAUUUCUACCCCAACAAGUUCAUCCAGAGGGAUGACAUGAAGCGCUUCCACAUUCUAAACACCUUAUUUAACUUGACAGAGACCUACCUCUUUGCCUGCUUGGUGGACUUCUUCACCAGCUGUCCCAGAUACAUGAAUUGCGACACCGGCUACAAGCAUGGCAACCUCUUCAUGUCCUUCCGCAGCAUGUUCCAAGAUGUCAGGGAAGCCAUGGACUACGUGCAUCUCUCGGGUUGCCUCAAGGAGAAGACACUGGAGAACCUGGAGAAGUACGUUGUGAAAGAUCCACGCGUUCCUCUCCUGCUAAGCCGAAUGAAGGAUGUGGGGAAGGUGUUCCUUGCCACCAACAGUGACUAUAAUUACACAGAUGCAAUCAUGACAUAUUUGUUUGACCUCGGUGAAGAUGUGGACAAAGCCCAGCACCGUCCCUGGCGCUCCUAUUUCGACCUGAUCGUCGUGGACACCCGCAAGCCCCUUUUCUUCGCUGAAGGGACGGUCCUGCGGCAGGUCAAUACGGACACUGGGAAACUGCGGAUCGGCACCUACACAGGACCCCUCCAGCACUGUGCGGUCUACUCUGGAGGCUCUUCAGACAUGGUGUGUGACCUUUUGGGAGUCAAGGGCAAGGACAUCCUCUACAUCGGAGACCACAUAUUUGGUGAUAUCCUCAAAUCCAAGAAGAGGCAGGGCUGGCGCACCUUCCUGGUGGUGCCAGAACUGGCCAAGGAGCUGCAAGUGUGGACAGAGAAGAGCGAACUCUUUGAGCAACUGCGGAGUCUGGAUGUCCUCCUGGCUGAGCUGUACCAGCACCUGGACAGUGGAAGCAGUGAGCGCCCAGACAUCAGCUCAAUCAAGAAGCAGAUACAGAAAGUCACACAUGAGAUGGAUAUGUGCUACGGGAAAAUGGGCAGCCUCUUCCGCUGUGGCUCACGCCAGACGCUCUUUGCCAAUCAGCUGAUGCGCUAUGCAGACCUCUAUGCCGCCUCCUUCGUUAAUUUCCUGUAUUACCCCUUCAGCUACCUCUUCCGGGCCCCACCCACCCUGAUGGCCCACGAGUCAACCGUGGAGCACGCCCGCGUGGAGCACAGCGAGGGGGGACUCCUCCCAGGGCACCACAUGCAGCACAAGCUUCAGGAACACGGGGACGAUGAGGACACUGACAACUGAAUCACACCAAAAUGUGAUGCUGAAGGAACUGUGGUGCUUGAUUUAAGCUGCUGGCAAACAGAAAUGGAGACUGAGAACACCACCCAGCCCCACAAGCCACCCCAUCUCGUGAAGCACCCACAGGACUUCCAGGGCGGACCAAGGAUGCCACUCAGCUCCUCAGCAGGAACGCUGGCCUAUCUGACCCACAGGGCCUUGCAGGAGGCAUCCAGCAAGACCCUUCUCCACUGCUGCUGGACUUUGCACAAAGCCAUCGAGAGCUGAAGAGCCAGAAUUGGCCCAACCCUCCAACUGCCGCCUUCUCACACUUCAGGAAAGGGCUCUGCAAGCCGUCUGUGCUGCAUCUUUGCAUGACCACUUCCAGAAACAAUCAGCAGCAAAGCAAACCAAUACAGGACCGGCUUCCUUCCUCCUGAGCGCUAAGAAUUGAGAGCUAAAACAGAAGCCAGCAUGAGAGACUGACACCAACUUGGCUUCCAACCCAAGCCUUGGUCAACCCUCCCUCCACCAGGGCAUGGGGGCACGCUCUUCCUCAUGCUCCCUCAAGGGUCUCUGGAGACGUUGAAGCGCUCUUCCCGCUGACUCAAGCUUGCAGAACUCUGGACUGAAGCUGCCAGAGCUGGGGCUGCCCACUGGCUCGGUGGAGAUGCUCAGAUGCAUGAUGGCAGCAGCUCCCCCAAAGUCCCAAGGAGUCCCACGGGGCGAGCAGCUGCCUGUUCUAGAGGAGCAAGGGAACCGGGCACGACAUGGAAUGGCUCUGGGAGGGAGCCGAUUCUGGGCUGAAGGGUCCUAUGGCAAUAGCCCUGAGGGAAAUUUUGAAAAAUGAAAGCCAGGCCAAGGGAGAGUUCUCCACUGAGAAUUGUGGAAGAGAAAUUAACCCAGCAGCUUCUCCAGCCCUAGAAAUCUACCCGGGAUGACAACCCAGAUGCCAUGCUUGUCCUGGGAGCAAAUCUGACAGGGAGGUUUAGCAAUGCUCUGCCCACAAAACCAGCCCCCCCCCAUUCCGGAACAUGGGGGGGGGCGGCAGAGCAACCCAGCCUGCAGCACCGCUCCGCCCGCCUGUGCCAGGGCUGCAACGGUGCUCCUCCGAAUCUGUCCAUCUGGCACUGACGGACUUCCUCUUCUGCUGGGCCCACCUUAGAAAGCCGCCAAGUUGAGAAGCUCAGGGACUCCUGGAGAGCGAGGGCUGCACAGCCAGCAGCCUUCCUGCACCGCACGUGGCACAGGAGAGAUGCCACUUGCUGAGUGGUUGUGCAGGCCUGGAUCCCUGGUGCGUGCUGGGAAUACAGGGCACACUUGCCUGGAGUGUGGACUCCGGGCAGCAGCAAAGAGCGGAGCGUGGGGAGCAGGCCCAGGGGAGCCAGCAGAUUCCUCGGCAUCCCUGCCUGUGCCCGCCCAAGAGGGGCCCGGAGGGCACUGGGCAAGGAACAAGGGCUCGUCUCCCUUCCACAAAGGCAGCUGCUCAUUCGUCGCUUGUGGCCCUUGGGCAGCCAGCCCUCUCCUGGUGAGACCGGGGCACUGCCCUCAUGCAUUUCCUAAAGCAACCCAAGCCGCAGAUCCGCUCCAGAGAUUCGAGCAUGGAAAGAGAAGCCGAAAUUCUGAAAGGGUCUGUGUCGAGCGCUGUUAUGUUUCCAGCCGAUUUAUGCCAGGAAAAACGUAACAUGUGAAAAGCCCUGCUGGAUCAGGCAAAGGUCCAUCUAGUCCAGGACUCUGGUCACACGGUGGCAAACCAGCUGCCCGCAGCGUCCCUCAGGCAAGAGGGUGCAGGCCCCCUGCCCAGCUCCUCAGCACCUGCUGCACACAGGUAUGCCCCUCUGGUCCAGGAGGGAGCCCACAGCCAGCAAGGCCAGUAGCCACCUGUUCUCCACCGUGCAACUGUCCAGCCCUCUUUAAAGCCGUCCAGACUGGUGGCCACCCGCAAUUCCCUUGGUAGCAAAUUCCCUGAUGUGAACGAUCCACCGUGUGAAGGCGGCUUCCUUUGAUCUCUCCCAGACUUGCCCCCCCUCAGCUUCAUGGCAUAACCCCAGAUUUGACUGUUAUGGGGGAGGGAGAAAAGCGCCUCCCUCUCAACACAGUGCAUUACUUUAAGCACCUCUUCCGUGUCUCCUCUUUCUCGCCUUCAUUCGAAGCUGAACAGGCCCAGCUGGAGCUGCUCCUCACAGGGAGGGAGGCGCCUCGGCCCCUUCCUGCCCUUCUCUGUAUUUUUCCAACUUAAUAAAGUUCUUUUCCAGGUAAGGUAA